CGCGAGAACUGGGGGUUGGCUGGGAGAGCCCCCUGCUGCCACAAGGAACGUGGCCAGCGGGGGCGGUGGGCGUCUGCACGGGCUGCAGGCCGGGCCCUCCAGCUCCCACCCUUGGCGCCCUCCAGCCCAGGCCACUGGCGGAGGCGGGGCAUGGCCGACUCCUGCCGGAACCUCACUUACGUGCGCGGCUCCGUGGGGCCGGCCACCAGCACCCUGAUGUUCGUGGCCGGCGUGGUGGGCAACGGGCUGGCUCUGGGCAUCCUGGGAGCCCGGCGGCCGGCGCGCGCGUCGGCCUUCGCGGUGCUGGUGACCGGGCUGGCGGUGACCGACCUGCUGGGCACGUGCUUCCUGAGCCCCGCCGUGUUCGUGGCCUACGCCCGCAACAGCUCGCUGCUCGGCCUGGCCCGGGGCAGCCCCGCGCUGUGCGACGCCUUCGCCUUCGCCAUGACCUUCUUCGGCCUGGCGUCCACGCUCAUCCUCUGCGCCAUGGCGGUGGAGCGCUGCCUGGCGCUCAGCCACCCCUACCAGUACGCGCCGCUGGACGCGCCGCGCUGCGCCCGCCUGGCGCUGCCCGCCCUCUACUUCUGCCCCGUCUUCUGCGCGCUGCCCCUGCUGGGCGUCGGCCAGCACCAGCAGUACUGCCCGGGCAGCUGGUGCUUCAUCCGCAUGCGCGCCGCCGAGCCGGCCGGCCGCGCCUUCUCGCUGACCUACGCCAGCCUCGUGGCCCUGCUGGUGGCCGCCAUCGUCCUCUGCAACGGCUCCGUCACCCUCAGCCUCUGCCGCAUGUACCGCCAACAGAGGCGCCACCAGAGCUCGCUGGUCCCCGGCCCCCGGGCUGGCGAGGACGAGGUGGACCACCUGAUCCUGCUGGCGCUCAUGACGGGCAUCAUGGCCGUGUGCUCCCUGCCGCUCACGAUCCGCGGAUUCACUCAGGCCAUCACCCCGGACAGCAGCGAGAUGGGGGACCUGCUGGCCUUCCGCUUCAACGCCUUCAACCCCAUCCUGGACCCCUGGGUGUUCAUCCUUUUCCGCAAAGCCGUCUUCCAGCGCCUCAAGCUCUGGUGCUGCCGCCUGUGCCCCGCGCCUGCCCACGGCGGCGUGCACACACCCCUGUCCCAGCCUGCCUCGGGGAGGGACCCAAGGACGCCCCCUGCUCUCGGGCCGAAGGACGGCAGCUGGGUGCCGCUGUCAGCCUGGGGGGAGGGGCAGGCGGGCGGCAGCAUGGCAGGAACGGGGUCCAAAGCUGAGGCCGCCGGCUCCUGCUCUCUUUGCUGACACCCCGAGGCCUGUGAACAUGGAACAUGGCUGCCAGCCGCCAGGACCAGGACCUUGGCCCCUGAAGUUUGGGGGCGAUCAGCUGCUAGUUCUCCUCCUCCAGGGAGGCCGCUGCAGGCCCAGGGAGGAGAGUGAGGGACAGAGGGGACGUUUCUCCUGCAGCACCAAAGAAGUCGUUCUCUCAAAAUAACCCGUGGCCCGGCCAGCCGCUCUGCCCUCCACUCCCAUCCAUCUCACUGUCCAAAUAUUUAGAAGGUGGAGGAGUUCCCAGGGGCUUCUGUGCUCGGGUUCCAGCUCUCAUGCUCCUCUAUUCGGGGGCCCCGACUGCCCACCCGCAUCCCCAGGGACAGGCUGCCCUCUCCCAAGUCACUUCCAGAGCCACCCACCCCCACUCUGCCUCCUGAGAGCCAGGGAGCAGCUCCUGCCUCCUCUGCUUCUGGCCCCCCUCGCUCUGGUCCCCCCUCAGACUCGGGAGCCCUGGCACCGGGGGAGAGGUGGCGGGGAGGGGAGGCUGCUGCACCGUGGCUGACAUUGCUGGAAAUGUGCCUGCUAUGAAAAGGGCCUGAGAAACCCACACGGCUUGGCGGGCCGGACACCAGCCCCGGGCAAGGGUGGUGGGAGAGACGUGGAGAAGAGAGAUGGCUCCCAGGGGCUGCCACGUCCUGCCCGACUCCAGGGCCCGAGUAAACAGCUGCCGCCCUGCAGAGCCUGACCACACCUCGUGGACCCUGGAGACCCUCAGAGAUGUCACCCCUCCGUUCAUUCGUCCACUCCACGAAUACUCAGCAGGUGCUGGCCGCCUCCCCCCGGCCGUCCCUGCCCUGAGAGGCCCAGAAUCCGUGCCCGGGUGAGCUGACUGGCGAAGACGGAAGUGAGCUGGCACCGAAGGGGAGGGCGAGCGGCAGCCCCCACGGCCCGCCCAGUUCCCCUUUCUCACGUGUUCCGGAAAAAACAGCAAGUGUGCACCUGGGAAGGCUGGGGUGGGUGGGCCUGAGCCCCAAGGGCAGCGGCUAACCCUGAGCGGCUCCUCGUGGCGCCUCCCACUCCAUCGAUGCAGAGGCUGGGAUGGGGCCCAGAGAGGCCUGUCCCUGGCCCGGGGUUGCUCAGCCAGGAGAAAGCAGAGGCUGCAGGGGGAGCAGGCCUAGAUGUCCCUCCCUGAACAGGCUCACUGCUGGGGCGGAUGCCAUGCGUGUCCAGGUUGCGUUGCGGACUCGCACAGGCUGCCGAUGGGCCGCGUUCUGCUCCUGUUACUGCACCGCUGAGGCUGCUGCCUUAUCUGGGCAGGUCUGAUUUGAAAACAAAGCAAGUCUUUGCUGCCUUUUUUUUUUACUUUGUUUUUCCAGUCACUGUUUCAAAUCACAUUAAAAAAAGAACGGGGCCCUCCAGGUCAGCAGAUAGCGUAAUGGCUAUGUUGCUGGAUUCUCAUGUAGUCGACU